UUGUAAAAAAAAUAACAAAAUAAAAAGAAUUUCCAUAAAAUUAAAAUAUCAACUCUGAUUUCUGAACAAUCUGAACUCUCUGGUGCAAUUUUUUUGAGGCCGAGGCCAAAAAAAUAAACUCCGCAUUCUUCUUUCGUCAGAUAGUCAUCAUCAGAUUUCAUCAUUUUUGCUCCAGAGUUUAUUAACGACCUAAAGAUAGAUUCCGUGUGGGGCUGGGCGUCACCGCCCUUACGUCUCCAAUUCUCCUCGCAUUCGCGGGGUCCCUGUCGGAUGGGGGACUCCGCAGGAGGAGAUCGACCUCCAUCGCCUGCCAGACUUUCGCACACCUCCGACAAACACCCCAAGAACACCUUGACAGAACUGAAUCUGCUGCGACGCCAACGCGAACUGUGCGACGUAGUUCUCAAUGUGGGCGGACGGAAAAUUUUCGCCCACCGGGUGAUACUUAGCGCUUGCAGUCCUUAUUUUCGUGCAAUGUUUACAGGCGAAUUGGCUGAAUCUAGACAAACCGAAGUGACUAUCAGAGAUAUUGAUGAGCUGGCGAUGGACUUAUUAAUUGAUUUCUGUUAUACUUCACACAUUGUCGUAGAAGAAUCAAAUGUGCAAAUGUUACUACCCGCAGCCUGUCUGCUGCAACUGACUGAAAUACAAGACAUUUGUUGCGAGUUCCUUAAAAGACAACUAGAUCCCUCCAAUUGUUUGGGUAUACGAGCAUUCGCAGAUACUCACUCUUGCAGGGAAUUACUUAGAAUAGCUGACAAGUUUACUCAACACAACUUCCAAGAAGUAAUGGAAUCAGAGGAAUUUAUGUUACUGCCUGUUGGUCAAUUAGUUGAUAUCAUAGCCAGCGAUGAAUUAAAUGUGCGCACUGAAGAACAAGUAUUUAACGCCGUCAUGUCCUGGGUGAAAUACAACGUUGCCGAGCGAAGACAGCACUUACCUAGCGUACUUCAACACGUAAGAUUGCCUUUGCUGAGCCCGAAAUUUCUUGUUGGAACCGUGGGGUCAGACCUGCUGGUUAGAUCGGAUGAAUCUUGCAGAGACCUAGUUGACGAAGCCAAAAACUAUUUGCUUUUGCCGCAAGAAAGGCCUCUCAUGCAAGGACCUAGAACUAGACCAAGGAAACCGACGCGAAGGGGUGAGGUUUUAUUUGCAGUCGGUGGAUGGUGCAGCGGUGAUGCUAUAGCUUCAGUGGAAAAAUUUGAUCCGCAAACUAUGGAAUGGAAAAUGGUUGCACCGAUGAGCAAAAGACGAUGCGGUGUAGGCGUGGCAGUAUUGAACGAUUUACUUUAUGCCGUUGGUGGACACGAUGGGCAAAGUUAUUUAAAUAGUAUAGAAAGGUAUGAUCCUCAAACUGAUCAAUGGUCAUGCGAUGUGGCUCCAACAACGUCUUGCAGAACAAGUGUCGGCGUUGCUGUUUUAGACAAUCUCCUGUAUGCUGUUGGUGGUCAGGAUGGCGUCCAAUGUUUAAAUCAUGUUGAAAGGUAUGACCCCAAAGAGAACAAAUGGUCAAAAGUGGCCCCCAUGACUACUAGAAGGUUAGGUGUUGCUGUUGCGGUUUUGGGUGGUUACCUUUAUGCCAUUGGAGGUUCUGAUGGCCAAUCGCCUUUAAAUACGGUGGAAAGGUAUGAUCCACGGCAUAAUAAAUGGACCAUAGUCAGUCCAAUGUCGACCAGACGAAAACAUCUUGGUUGUGCAGUAUUUAAUAAUUUAAUUUACGCUGUUGGUGGUAGGGAUGAUUGUAUGGAAUUGAGCAGUGCAGAAAGGUAUAAUCCGCACACAAAUACAUGGAGUCCUAUUGUAGCCAUGACUUCUAGGAGGAGUGGAGUUGGUUUGGCAGUUGUUAACGGACAACUGUACGCAGUAGGCGGCUUCGACGGUACGGCGUAUUUGAAAACCAUCGAAUUCUACGACACCGAACAAAAUCAAUGGCGGUUGUGCGGCUCGAUGAACUACAGACGUUUAGGCGGCGGCGUCGGAGUAAUGAGAGCGCCCCAAACCGAGAACCGGAUGUGGUAGUUUUAGCAUUUGUUGACGCCACAUUUUUUGUAUUUUCAGGACGAAGUGUGAAGAAUCUCCGAUUUUUGAUAGUCGCAUAUAAGUAAUGUGAAGUUUCUUUAUACAGUGAUGCUUGGUUUUGUCCAAUUGAUAUGUGCAUGUCGAUCGAUAUCAGGAUAUGUUGUUUGAAGACAUAUUUAUAUGAAAAAUCAUGAUAGAGGCGAGCCAAAAAAGAUCUUACUAUACAUAUACAUACUUCAAUUUUACCCAAAUAACUGAUGGACAUUUUUAUAAGACAGAACCUACUUCGCCCAGGAUAAGAUGCUUAGAUACAAUCCAGUCUUAUACAGCUGUGGUUUUCAUUUUAUUUGCAUAUUAUUUUGACAUUUUCAACAUUGUCGUGCUUACUUAUCAUGAAAAAUGGUUGGAUGGUAUCCAGUCAAUAUGAACGUAAAACAGAAACCAGAAGAUUGUCCCCUCUAUACAAUCAAUAGGAUAAGAGUUUAUUAUGUGACAUUACAAUUUAAUCCUUCAAGUUGCAAGUGAUAUAUUAGUUAAAUUAUAGAAAAGCCUCAACAAACAAGGCUAAGAGUAAAAUUCACAUAAGUACCUAAACAUUUUAUUCACUAUCUUUCAAAUAGAUAAAAACAAACAAUUUGUGUAAAGUGUAAACAUUUAUGUAAAGACUCCCAUGGACAUUACAAAUUUAUUGUCAUUAGUAUUAUUUCAAAUUAGUGAGGUAAUUAGGGCUUUACAUUAGGUCUGUUCUAGUUUCCUGACUGUUUUCAACCAAUGAAAUUCGAUCUGACUGGUUUGAGAUUUCUGCAGAAACAGACCUAUUAUUCGAGCGGCAAUAAUCUCGUUAAUUAACCAAAAAAAUAAUGACAUUAAGCUCAUAUCCUAAGUAUAAGUAUAAACAUUGCCUGUUAUACAUACACCUUAUUUUAAUUUUUGGUGGCGUCAAUUAUUUGUAAAUAGCGAAUUAUUGUUAUAUGGAAAAUACCAUAAUAACUGCAGCUUUUAGCAUAACUCGUUCCAAAUAUAUUUCAGAUCUUGCUGUAGUUAUUAUGGUAUGCUUGUUAUGCGAUCGGUGGAUUGGGUUUUUAUUUUAAAAUUUUUGUUGACAAUUGUGAAAGUUUAUCUCUUUAUUCGCGGAAUACUUUGUACUGUAAAAAUUAAUUCGAUUGAUUCUGAAAUUUUGAAACUAAUUUUUGUUGGCUUCCAAAAUGUGAUGACUUAGGAGUUUCCAAAGAACACAAAAAUGGUAUUCAAUCAUUGUGCAGAUUAUGUGAGUUCAUAGAGCAGAUUUUUUUUAACUAUGUUAUAAGUUUCUAUUUAAAUACUUUAGGGUUUAUUCUAAUUAUUAUAGAUUAUAAUAAAGAUCAAAGUAUGUAUCAACUUUUUUUUUCUUUUGCCUCUGGAUCGAGUUUAAAGAAAUUUCAGCCAGCAAAAAUAAAAAUAAUGUAAAUG